UCCCCAUUGAUUGAGAAGUGGAGGGCAGCAGACAAAGGAGGUCACCCAUAUCUCUAUUUCACUCUUCUCAGUCUCCAUCACCCACGCUCCUGCAUGUUCUCUUUCUUCACCUCCUUCAUCUCCUACGUUACCUGCAUUUAAUGCCUUCUCCUUCUACAUAUACUCUCACUUCUCUCUUCUAACUCACAUAGCCUCUUUACUAGCUUCUACCUACCAUCUUCUCUCUCUCUCUCUCUCUCUACAAUGUCUUCUCCUGUUAUUCUUCUCCUACUUCUAUCUCUUUCUAUUCAUGGAAGCAAUGCCCGUCAUCUCCGUGAAGCUCCAAAAGAAUCUAUGAAGGCAAUAGAGAAGGUGGAAUUCAACAAGCCCUCGACUCCGGCUAAUCUGAUGCAAUCCUUGUCUGAGGAACUCCAAUCUCAGCCUAUAAAACCCGCGGCUGACAAAAAUGUCAUCGGUGCAAGCACUAGCAACACAAAGGAUUCAACAUCUCUGCCAAAGGAUAUGGAUGGAACAAGAGAAAAUGCUUCAGGAAGUGAAAAUGUAACAUCCUCUUCUCAUGUGGGUUUUCAUCAGACAAGUAAAUUAGAGGAACCAGGGAAGCAGGCACUACUAGUGUCAGGAUCUGGGUCUAUUGUUGGCCAUGUCACCGUCGCCUCCGAAGAACAUAUAGGGUCUAAGGAAAUCGAUGUGGUCGGCGACACAAACGACAUGGAUUACGAGCAACCGCACCACAAACCGCCAAUUCACAACGAAUCACCUUAAAUAAGUGUUGUUAAAAAUGUAAUAUUUUCCUAAGUGAGUGAUACAUUUCAGUAAAAAUAGAGAAAUAAGAUGUGGGGAGCAUGGAUAUUGAUGGGUGAUGGUCCCCAACAAUGGUUGUUUGCAUUUUUAUAUGAUUGUGAAUAAAGA